AAUUCCACCUUGGGUGCUCGCAGGUCGCCGACGCUGAAUCUUGACGAAAAUGUUUGUGUUUUGGCCUUUAAUAGUGCAAUAAAUGGUAUAUACCGAAUGAGAUUGUCAUUUUCUCAUCUAACUGCAGUUGGACAUAUAUUUAGCGGCAUGAAUAUAUGCGGAAAUUCGUGAGAUGUCGUGGUUUCGAAGACUCGGUCCGUGGAAGUUUUGCGGGUAAUGAUGCUGCGCCGGUUGAUGAUGGCAACAAGCGGCCGAAACUUUCCGGGAAAAUUGCGGGGAGAAACCAAGCCAAAACUCAAGGAUAAGGAUGUGGUCGCCUCCAGCUCCCGAGACGGCGUCUCAUCGGCCCCCAAUGCCCACUCCACCGGUGGAAAGACAGGAUUGCGCAAUCACUCCACCCAAGUGACCCAACCGCCCCCUAGACCACCCAAGAACCAUGGGGCUACUACCAGAGGCUCCGGACCGAGAAAGACCCCUGCUUCCAGUAGCGCGGGCAAUGUUAACAAGAAUCGCAACAUCCUGAGAACUGGGAGUGCGUCCUCGGAACGCUCCUUCAACAAUUCGUUCAAGAAACUGACUAUAGAUGACAAGAAAGCACCUAGAAGUGCAACUCCCAAGAGACGGCAGUCAUCGUCAGCAGGUAACAGUUCAACCUUUAAGACCAUUGAAGACGUGGCAAGGCGGAUUCUUCAGAAGAAGAGCAAGAACAUUGUUGUGAUGGCUGGAGCAGGGAUCAGCACACCUAGCGGCAUCCCAGACUUCAGGUCUCCAGGAUCAGGGCUAUACGACAACCUUCAGCAAUACAGGAUACCUUAUCCCGAAGCCAUCUUCGAUAUCGACUUUUUCCGCAAGAACCCAAAGCCUUUCUUCACCCUGGCCAAGGAGCUGUAUCCAUCCGGGAAGUACCGUCCCAACUACGUUCAUUACUUUGUACGCAUGCUCUAUGAGAAGGGGCUCCUGCUACGGAUGUACACGCAGAAUAUAGACGGUCUGGAGAGAUUGGCUGGCAUCCCCGGUGACAAGCUGGUGGAGGCUCAUGGGACAUUUACAAGGUGUACCUGCACCAAGUGUGGCUACCAGCACGAAGGAGAAGACGUGAAGGGGACUAUUUUGGGUGAUAGAAUACCAAGAUGCUCAAGACCAAGAUGUACGGGUGUGGUCAAACCCAACAUUGUCUUCUUUGGUGAGGACUUACCCAAGAGAUUCUUCUACUACAUGAAGGACAUGCCGCUCUGUGAUCUGCUUAUCGUCAUGGGGACAUCAUUAGAGGUGUACCCCUUUGCUGGUAUAGUAGACUCUGUGCGCCCCUUUGUCCCCCGACUCCUCAUCAAUCGGGAGGUGGUGGGGCCGUUCUCGCGCCCCUCGUCCAGUCGUCACAACGACCUGGCCGUGACAGGCGACCUGGUGGAAUGCGUCCAGAAGUUUGCCCGGGUUCUCGGCUGGAAGAAAGCACUGGAGGAUGUGAUAAAGGACAAUGAAGUGAAGCUGGACGCAAUGGUCGUUGAAAUGGAAUCAAAGGCUGCCAAGUCAUCCACAGAGCCGUCUGAGAACACCAACAACAACGCGACCGAUCAAAACGCCAAAACAAACACCAGUCCGCAACGUCUCACCGGAUUACAACGCGAGCAGGAUACGACUCAUGUACGCAAGAUACACACCGAGAGUCUGAGCAAGGCCAACUCGCAGAGGGCGCCCAGCGAUGCGUCGAGGCGUCGAAUAAACUCUUCAGGCACGGCGAGGUCGAGCCUGCCGCGAAUUACAAAUUUUAGGAGAACUCGCCCUCAUAGGACAGUGGCAGAUUUGAGUAGUAGCAGUAGUGAAUCGUCUACAUCGGAGUCGAGUUCGGAAGACGAUUAUUGAGCGAAUGUCGUGGGUCAUAGGUUAGGUCAUAGGUCAUAUGUUAGCAUGUGCUGGAUGAGCAACUCGGCGAGAAUCGGGCUUUACAGGACACUCAUCCUGAUAGAACAGUUAUACAUGUAUCUUUGAGUAGCAGUAGUGAAUCGUCUACAUUGGAGGAGAGUUCGGAAGACGAUUAUUGAGUGUAUAUCGUGAGAUCAAAGGUUAGCUUGUGCUGGAUGAGCAACUCAGCGAGAAUCUGGCUUUACUCGACACAAUGGAGAGGGGUAUCGUGGAAGAGCAUUCAAUGAAUUGUCAUCGUCAACUAUUAAAGAGUUCAGAAGUUGAUUAUUGAGCAAAUGUUUUCGUCAAAUGUGGGCUUGCGCCAGCUGAGCAACUUGAUCAUCCUGCUAUGAAUAUGAUUGACACAAAGGAGUGUGAUAUAUGUAUCUUCAAGGUGAAGAAGUGAAAUCGUCUUUUGGCAGCUGAGAGUUUAGAAGAUCAUUAUUGAGCUAAUGUCGUGGGUCAAAUGUCACCUUGUGCUGGAUCUCAAACUCGACUAGAACCUUGCUGUAUAUACGACAUAGGAGCGUGGUGUCUUCAAGCAUAAGUAGUGAAUCUUUGUGUCAUGUGAGAGUAUGGAAAAUGAUUUUUGAGCGAGUGUCGGGUCAAAGGUCAGCUUGCAGUGGAUAAAGAAUGGAUGAAGAACUUGACAAGAAGUGCACUGUUAUGGACAGACAGGAGAGUGGUAGCUCGGGAGAGCAAAACAUGGAUCAUAGUCAGAAGUUUGAGCUUGGAAUGCAAGCAUUGAGGAAAUAUAAUGCAGUCAAAUAUCUCAUUUGAUUGUUCUUUUUGGAGAGUUAUUAGAAGUGAUGAAUUUUUAUCCAGUGAGAGUCCGCAAUAAAACAACAUAAAUUUAAUGUGGAUAUGCGACAUUGAGAAUGUGCUUGCCCACGUUGGGAAAUCUGACCUUGAAUAAGGAAUGUGCAAUUGUUU